AUGUCUGGCCUUAAGAUCACCGAGUUCUCCGUUCAUGACAUCCGAUUCCCCACCAACGUCACGGGCGACGGUACCGAUGCCAUGAACAAAGAAUGUGAUUACUCUGCUGCUUACAUUGUCCUUAAAACCAACUCCGACCUGGAGGGACAGGGUAUGACCUUCACCAUCGGUCGAGGUAAUGAGAUUGUGUGCUACGCCAUUGAGCAAAUUGCCAACCGAAUUGUAGGAAAAGACCUUGAACCCAUAUUCUCCGACAUGGGUUCUUUCUUCAACUUCCUCGUUUCCGACCCCCAACAUAGAUGGCUCGGUCCUGAGAAGGGUGUCAUCCACCUCGCAACCGCAGCUGUAAACAACGCAGUAUGGGAUUUACUCGCUAAAUACAACAAAAAACCUCUCUGGAAGAUGGUCGUUGACUGGACUCCCGAGGAAUUCGUAAAAGCCACCUCAUUCCGAUAUAUCACCGAUGCCAUUACCCCAGAAGAAGCCCUCGCUCUUCUCAAAAAGAACGAGGCAGGAAAGAAAGCACGUGAGGAGGAAGUCAUCCAGAAGGGUUACCCAGCAUACACUACCUCUGCCGGAUGGUUAGGUUACUCCGACGAGAAAGUCGUCAGAUUGACUAAGGACGCUUUGAAUCAAGGUUUCAACCAUUUCAAGCUCAAAGUCGGUGCUGAUUGGGAGGAUGAUCUUCGAAGAGGAAAACUUAUGCGAUCAAUCAUCGAUGAUCCAGCAAACUUACCAGAGGGUCGAAUAAUCGAACCUCGAACAAUCGCAGGAAAGAAUGCUGGUCCCUCAGGAUGUGUGUUAAUGGUUGAUGCUAACCAGGUAUGGGAUGUACCACAGGCAAUUGAGUACAUGAAGAAACUUGAACCCAUCAAACCUUGGUUUAUCGAAGAGCCUACCGCACCUGAUGAUGCUGUUGGUCAUGCCGCCAUUCGAAAAGCUUUGAAAGAAGUGAACAUCGGUGUCGCAACAGGUGAACAUGCCCAUAACCGAAUGGUCUUCAAGCAAUUGUUACAAUUAGAUGCUAUUGACGUUUGUCAAAUCGAUUCUUGUCGAGUUGGAGGUGUGAAUGAAUUAUUAUCAAUCAUGCUCAUGGCCGCUAAAUUCGGUGUGCCCGUUUGUCCUCAUGCUGGUGGUGUCGGUUUAUGUGAAUAUGUUAUCCAUUUGUCAUUGAUUGACUACAUCUGUGUUUCUGGUGAGAUGGAGAGAAACGUUCUCGAAUUUGUAGACCACUUGCACGAACAUUUCCUUUACCCUGUAUCAAUCAACAAACAAGGUCGAUACAAUGUCCCUCUUGAUCCUAAAGGUGGUUACUCCAUCGCCAUGUUCGAAGAAUCAAUGGCAGAUUUCGCUUUCCCCAAGGGAGCUUAUUGGGUUUCAGUAGAAAAGGCUUUGGCAGAAGGUAAACCUCAGCCUAUCCCUAAACAUAUGCAACAUUAG